GUUAAAUAAAUACAAAAAGAAUUUCACCUAAAAUAUCAACACUAAAACACAAGAGAGGAGAGAUCUCUCCCCCUCGUGUUCCAUGUACACACCAACCCUAAUUUUCUCCCUUAAUUUCCCCUCUUUUUGAUCUUAUUCCUUCAAAUCUAUGCUGGAUUCCUCUCAAUCUAUCUUAAAUUCAUUCAUUUAGGUAGAAAUAUUUGCGAUUCCAUCUUUUCUGUAUCUUCUUCUCUGAAAUUUCAGGAACCGCUAUAUAUAUAGAAAACAUAUAUGUACAGAGACCGCGGUGGCUCGUCGUCGAGGUUGGAGAUGGUGGGAGGAGGUGGAGCGGGGCCGUUAGAUCGGAAAAGAAUCAAUGAUGCCUUGGAUAAGCACUUAGAAAAGACAUCAUCGCCUUCGACUUCUAGGGUUUUGAAUAUCAGCAACAAGGAGAAAGAGAAAUUCUCCAUGCCUUCAACUUCCACAGCUGGUGGUGGAAAAUCGUUCCACCUGGACAACCGUUCCUCCUCCACCAUCGCCAAUACCAAAAGCAAGUGCUCAGAUGAAGAAUCAGAAACAGCCAGCGAGGAGUCUGAAGUUAGUGGUUCAGAUGAAGAUGACACAUCUUGGAUUUCCUGGUUUUGCAACUUGAGAGGGAAUGAAUUCUUCUGCGAAGUUGAUGAUGAAUACAUUCAAGAUGAUUUCAAUCUUUGUGGAUUAAGCAGUCAAGUUCCUUACUUUGAUUACGCUCUCGAUCUAAUUCUAGAUGUGGAAUCCUCUCAUGGAGACAUGUUCACUGAAGAACAGAAUGAACUUGUUGAAUCAGCAGCAGAGAUGCUGUAUGGUUUGAUACAUGUCCGAUAUAUAUUAACAACCAAAGGAAUGUCUGCAAUGUUGGAGAAAUAUAAACAUUAUGAUUUUGGAAGGUGCCCGAGAGUUUAUUGCUGCGGGCAGCCUUGUCUUCCUGUUGGUCAAUCAGACAUUCCUCGGUCAAGCACUGUGAAAAUAUACUGCCCGAAAUGUGAAGACAUCUACUACCCUCGAUCCAAAUACCAAGGCAAUAUUGAUGGAGCUUAUUUUGGCACCACAUUCCCUCACUUUUUCUUGAUGACUCAUGGGCCCCUCAAGCCACAAAAGGCAACACAAUGCUACAUUCCAAGAGUCUUCGGCUUCAAGCUCCAUAAACCCUGAUUGUGGGACCCACUUAGUAGCCUCAAAGAGUCAAAGUAAAAUCUUAUUGAGAAGAAGUUCCAUGAAAUUGUCCAAUUUCAAGGUUAGUUGAAAUGCAAAUAUUAUUAUUAGAAAAAGAAAAAAAUGGAACUUUAUUUAUUUGGUGAUAUGGGGGGUUUGUUUAUGGCUCAUGUAUUUCUUGAGCAAAAACUUAGUCUUGAAAAAAAGUAAUUGAAAUUAUGGUGUUAACAUAUUAGUUUCAAGUCAACUUUUUUUUUUUGAAAAUUUGGUUUGGUGAUUUAUAUAUGGAAAUUCGCUUCGCCUUGUAGUUUUUAGUUUUAUUGAGGAAGAGGGCAUUUAUGUCCUUUGUACCUUUUUGAUUGGACAAAUGAAUUGCAAUUUUUGUCCUCUUGACACAAUGUUUUUGUUGUCAUAAUUCAUGAUCAUAUUAUCUAAUGUCAUAGGUGUUUUUACUUAAAGAAAGUGUUAAAAAUGAAAUUAGGAUAACUUUUUUUAGUUUAAACUAGGAACUAAUUUAGAGUAAACUAAUAAAGGUAAAACCCCCCACUUUGCAAGGGGACCCAACUUGUGUAAUUACGAAAGUGUAGGGAGCAAACCUGUAGAUAUACAGAAGACUUGUGGCCAAAGUGUAAAAACCAGAAAAGUUAAUCUGCAAAAUUUUCUAUUAGGUAGGGACUAUUUUUGUAAUUUUUUUAAAGGUAAUUUGCAAAUUUUAUGAACUUAUGGACAUUUUC